UGUUCAAGGACGAUGUUGGAUUUAUCUAUGGAAAACAUUUCAAAAUUAUCAUCAUGGGAUGAUCUGGUUAUUUACUUUGGUAGAAAUAGUGUUUAACAAGAUAUUUUAUGUUGUCAUUUGGAAACGUUCAAGAUAAAUUUUUUAAUAUGGACAAAGAACAAAUUGUGAUUUUGGCCGGAGUCACAUUAUGUGCUCUCAGCAUUGGUGCAUUUAUUUUUUGGGGCCCUAAUCCUAGGCCUAGGAGGCGAGGUGCCAUAGUGGGUCUGCAGAACCUAGGUUUCACCUGUUUCCUCAACACGCUGUUGCAAUCAUUGGCGUCCUGUGUACUGUUUAUGGAUUGGCUGGAAUCAUGCAGGGAUCAAGGGAGAGUUGCAUCCACACUCCACUAUCUUCUAAAAGUGUUGAGCAGUGAGAGAUCAAAGCUGCCUGAGAGCGUAGAGGAUCCGCUAGACCCGACAGAACUGAUUGUGGCACUCCUAGAACAUGGGUGGUCCUUCGCCAGUGGGGAGCAGGAUGCCCACGAGCUUUACCAUCUAUUAAUGACGACUCUGGAAGAGGAGGCUCACAAGGCCAUACCUGUUGACGGAGGCCUGUUGGACUCGCUGGAGCCUCAGCCAGAGGAGAAGAUGCUGCCUGAGUCACCUGGAGACAUGUCCGAGAACAGUCACGUCCAGUCCAACCAUGUGCUGAACCAACCGUCUGGUGACUCAAUGGAACAGACCCCAUCGCACUCCUCUGAAACACCAUGCCUCUCUGAAUUCAGGAUGGUCAUCAAGCAGGAAGACGUAUUCACGAGGAAGGCUAUGCCCAAAUAUGACUGCAACCGUAACUACCAGGCUUCUCCAUUCUGUGGUCUUCUUACUAGCCAGCUGCAGUGUGUUACGUGUGGCUUUAAGUCAGUACUGAAAUACGACAAGUUCGACAGUCUGUCUCUGCACAUGCCGGAGGAGGAGCGUCUGCGAUACACGCUGACUGAGCUACUAGAAAACUUCACACGUACGGAGGCGGUAACUGGUGUUGCGUGUGACGGCUGCAACAAGGGCCGAGACCCAGAUCUCCCUGCUGUCACAGCUACCUCACUCAAGUCUGUCAGCAUCGGGAAGUUGCCGAAGUCACUGUGUUUUCACGUCCAUCGAAUGUCCAUGGUAAAAAACGGUGAUCCGUACAAGAGGAGAGAAUACGUACUCUUCCCAGAGUUCCUAGUCAUGGACCGGUACACCCAAAACUCAAUCAUAAAAGAACAGAAGAUCAAAGAUGAAAUUCAAUCAGCAGAUGAAGACAAAGAGAUUUCCAUGCCAAGCUUUACCCCUCGUGAGGAUGGGUCCUGGAGCCACCUGUAUCGACUGAAGGCGGUGGUAGUACACAGCGGGACCGUGAAGAGCGGCCAUUUUGUCACCUACAGGCGUGGCCCUCUCAACUCAAGCUCUCGACACAGGUCUGACAGGUGGUACUUUACAUCGGACGAGGUGGUGAAGGAAACUACGCUGCUGGAGGUGUGUCAGGCGGCCGCGUACAUGCUCUUCUACGAGAGGUCCGCUGUUUCCGCUACCUGA